CUUCUCUCUCUUCCCCCUUUACUUUUUUUUUUUAUUCUUCCUUUUUAUACAUUACUUUAUAUCAAUAUGGCCACUCCAAGGAAAAGAAGAACACAAAAGUCUGGAAAGAAAAAUACAAGACGUACAGCCAACAAAACAAAAAAGAUCACCUUCAAGGGUAAUGAAUAUGUCAAGGCAAACUGGAACAAGAAUCAAACAUUGAUACAAAAUUAUCGACGUUUGGGAUUAAUGACCAAUUUGAAUGGAAAGCCUGCAGGAGGUGUUGAAAAGUUAUAUCCUGAACCAAAAGUAGAAUCGAUGGAAACAGAAACACAAGUGCCUGAAGAUCUUCGAGAAUUGACUGAAGCUGAUAUUGAACAAUUGAAGAAAACUUUACGACCUGAUGAAGGGUUGAUUCAGCGGGAUGAUGAUGGAAAUAUUAUUCAGAUCAUUACUGGAGAAAAACCUAGUCACAAUGAUAUUUUGGACGCACCUAUUGUACCAGUAGAAGCUAAAACUGACUUUGUCCGUGGAUUGGAAGCUCAAGCCGCUGCUGUCAAACCUGCAGAUCCUCAUACAUCAUCUUCUGAAGUGGAAUGGUUGGAAAAAUUGAAAGCAAAACAUGGUGAUGAUUAUCAAGGCAUGUUUUGGGAUAAAGAUCUCAACCGUAAUCAACUCACUGUAGCUCAAAUCAAGAGACGAUUCAACAAGUACCAAAAAACCCUUCUUUUCAAACAACAACAGCAACAACAACAGCAACAACAACAACAACAAUAGAUUAUAGACUCCCUUUACAUCUUAAAUUUUUUUUGUUAUCCCAUGUCUUUUCAUUUUGUAUAGUCCAUAUCAUCAUCUUUAUCACC